AUGGAAUGUACACAUCAUUUACGAUGUUCGGAAGCAGAUCGUAUCCGUUGGUUCGAGUUACGCGAGCAUGUUCAUAAUCUGAUAGAGUUAGGUAAUGUGGCACGAGAAGAUGGCUAUAUUAUCGAGAAAAACAAACUUCGUCAUUCAUUGCGAUAUCGUGAUUAUCUGUGCACUGAGUAUCGAAGUAGCGGCUAUUUACUUCAAAACGAUAGCAGUUAUCACUUGCAAGUUGCAUGCAUGUGGGUGGGCGGUGAAAUGAAUGCAACUUGUGGUCUGAUACCAUCAACUGAGAAGCCGUUUGGGUACCAUGAACCAGAAGAAUGGCGCCGAAUGCUUUUUGUAAGUUCUUAUCAACUGAACGAAAAAAAUUGUUAA